CCAGUGAUGAUUAUAUGUGACAGAAGCAGGAAAAUGUGUAGAUAGCAACAACCACUGAUUUUAAAGAUGCUGUGCCUUAUUCCUAUCGAUUUCGUGGUUACAGAAACAUCGCUCGUGCGAGCAAUCCGCGUCUCCGAAGUCCAUGCAAGUUUUCCGGAAACGCGCAUACAGUAACUACGAACGCAAAAUAUGCGAGAAAAACGGGUAAUUUAACGUAUACUCAACAUCACUAAUCUCGCGUCAUCACUAAUUUCGCGGUAUUUGAGUUGCGCCACCUACGUGGUGUUUACCGGGGAAGUUUGUGACCUAUUUUACUCAUGCUGGCGAAAAAUGUUCCUACCUGCUGUUACAUUGCUAAAUAUCUGUCAAUAUUUAUUAAAAUUGUAUUUUUCACGUAUCUAUUGCAAAAAUCCAUGAAUUAAGCAAAUAUUGGCAAUGUUUAUAAGUUCGUCUACCAGCUGAUCGGCAUUUGUCCUCAUUAAUUAAUUGAUAAGCAAAUUAAGUCCCGCCUAUAGGUUAGAGGACACAAAAUUUUACGUAACAUCCCCAAUUACACAAAAAUGAAUGAAAUAUCGGUAUCAGGCGAAACAUCAAAACGUCUUAACUCGAUGGAUUUGAAGGGGGAGGAAGGGAUGGGGGCCCCUGACCAUCUCCUCAAAAUACACCCAUGAUACUGAGCAGUGAAUUUUAACAUGUUAGAUAACUAUCAAAUAGAAAAUAUUAAGUAAUAGUACGAUUCUUAGGCUCCGCUACAUUAUGACCACGCCCGUGACCUUGUGAUUUAAUUGCAAGAUAUCUGGUGUGUCUGCUGCCCAGAGGAGAAUAUUUUCGAUAGUGCCAAUGUAAACAGAUAAUAUAAAACGUUUAAAUUGGCGUUUAAUGACUUUUGAGUGUUCCAGUUAGUCUGACUUGGAUAGCUUUUCAAUGUUUGAAUCAUAUUUAGUGUUUUUUAACCUAUGAUAGUUUGAUUGACACAAUUGUUGACCUAUACCGCGACAUUAGUGAUGUGACGUCACACGAUAACAAUGGCUGACUGUUGUUGUUCGAAGUACACAUGGAUGUUUCUUGAAUGAUAUCUUAUUCAUUUUCACACAGUUAUUGAUACAUAUGACAUGAAAUAUUGUGGUAAAGACAAGAAAUACACUGUUGUGUUGUUUCUUGUUUAAUGUUACGUUGAAUGUCAAGUACCGCGACAUUACAGAUGAACGGUAUAUUUAUUAUUUAAUACAUGUAUGUAUAGUUACUGAUAACUUUCCAUUUUCAUUGAAAUACAGUGAAAAAUACGCCCAAUAAUAAGUAAUAUCUUCAAUAUUUGCCAAUAUGUUUGACAGAAAUCCUACACAGCAUCCAUCUUAUGACAUCACGUAAGGUAUUUGCCCGCUAUCAUCUAUAACUCACGAAAAAAGUUGAGCGACACUUAAAAUAUGGAAACCAUUUAAAACUCUAUUAGCUCAAAUGUGGUCAUUUGGUUGCAUCUGACUCUGUGCACUGACGUGCAUGUUGUGAGGAGACACAGCACUUUUCAGUGCCUUUAUUGUGUAGAAUAAAUGAGUAUAUAUACAAUAAAGUACUACAGUGUAAAUGUGUUGGUUUCAUACUUUUUGAAACUGUUAAAGCUUGUUUAGAAUCUAUAAACGUUUAAAGCAACUUUAAAAAUAGUUUUCCUUCUGCUUAAGGAAAUGACAAUACCUAUUUGAAUAAAUCAUUUAUCUGAAAGAAACAAACCUGGAAUUUACCAAAUUUGCACCAUUAAUAGUAGGGACCACAAACUUUUUAUUGCGCAGUAUAUUUUUGGUUGGAGAAAUCAGUGAUGCUAUUUAUAGACGAGCCAAUCGCAGCCACGAAAUCGAUAGGAAAGCAUCUGUGUGAUUCUGAUAAUGGAGGUCACGGUGUAAAAGAUUUAGAUGCCACUCAUUUAGGAUGGGAUAUCUACAUGACCGCAUUGUGAUAAUCAGCAGUUUUGUAUUGAUUUCUUACACAUUUUUGGCAAAAGCAGACAUGAAGAUAACUGUUGACAAGGACAACUGUGGUGGUAGUAUGAAUAUAGACACUAUACAGAAGCUGUAUUUGAAUUACUACGGUGCCGAGUUUGUGGAUACUGAGUCUAAAUACUACUCACAUGAACGGGUUUGCCUGUUCAAUAUAUCCUCGUCUCUUACUGACUCCGAGAUUUGUAUAUAUAACAAGCAUCAUACAUCAUGGGAUAUAGCGUGUGGCAGUAGUUUGAGUAUAUAUAUUGGCAACUAUCAUAGUGUUCAUUUCCCAAGUAUGUACCAUUGUACAGACUUUGAACCACUCUGUACAAGCAAGGAGAGGGUGUUUUUACAAUUCUAUUACGACAGAGCUCUCCAUAUAAUGGAAAAAGACAUUGUUGUGGAGUUUGUUAUAUAUUUAAAAAACAAUGCAGUAACAACUAUAAGACCUAGGACAAGCACUAGUUUACCAUCAUUAUCAGGUGACAGCGAGGAUGGGUCUGGUCUGUCAACGGUCUGGAUCAUAGUGAUUGCUGGAGGGGCAGCAGUCCUCUUGUUUUGCUGCUGUAGCUGUGUGUAUUAUAUUUGUCGUGACGAUGAAAGUGACGAACAGUCACAGAGUCAGAAUAACUCCCCUGAUGAUGUCAAUACUGACAGCAAUGCUGAAAACAUGAGAAUGUUAGUGACACCAGUUAUCCAUAUACCACAUGAAAACCGACACCAAUCCACAGCAGAUCCACCAGAUUAUUACACUGUUUGUUCCGAUGGUCCAUCACAGUAUAAACCUAAUAUACUGCCUUUUAACACUUCAGAUCCUGCUGAUGAGAAGGUGAUUCCAAGUGCCCCUCCACCACCAUAUCCAGGAAUAUGAAGACCUAGGUGAUAUCUAAAGUCCUGCUGAAAGUCAUAGCAUUAAUGUGCAAUUAGAGAGAACUUUCCUGGAAACAAGGAAAUAAAGUUGUUAUGCAAUAGCUUGCAGAAAGUCAGCAACAAGAAUCAGGCUAAUCUAUAUUGUAACUCAUACAAAACUGGAAAAGGUUUCUACUUUAGUUAAGAGUUAACUUUAAAAAGUAAAUGCAGCUAUAUGCAUUUAAUCUUUAGAUUUUUUGCCACUGAAUAUUUUUACUUUACCUAUGUUUUGUAUUUACCUUAAAAAAAACUUGCCAUACAAUUUAUUAGUUUGUAACUGAUGUAUCACUGAAAAAGACUUACAGUUUACCCUGUCAGAAGUGCUUUAAAACUACAGUGUAUUGUGUAUGACACAUGUUUAUAGAUAACAAGGUGAAGAUUAAGAGAACAAUGUGAAGAUUUAGAUAACAUACGAAGGUUUAGGUAACAUAUGAAAAUUUAGAUAACAUUGUGAAGAUUUAGAUAACAGUGAUUGUGAAGAUUUAAAGAACAAUGUGAAUAUUUGUAUAACAAUUAGAAGAUUAAGAGAACAAGCAAUGUGAAGAUUUAGAGAACAAUGUGAAGAUUUAGAUAACAAACUUUGAGAAGAUUUAGAGAACAAACUUUGUGAAGAUUUAGAUGACAAUAUGAUUAUUUAGAAAACAAUGUGAAGAUUAAGAGAACAUUGUGAAGAUUAAGAUAACAAUUUGAAGAUUUAGAUAACUUUGACAAGAUUUAGAGAACAAACUGUGUGAAGAUUGAGAUAACAAUGUGAAGAUUUAGAUAACAGUGUGAAGAUUUAGAGAACAAUAUUUAAACUGAACACAUCCUUAUUUUGAUGCUCCAUAAAAGAAAACAUUGUAUGAUCACUAUUGCAACAAAAAGUUAAGAAAAUAUAAGAAAAAGUCAACUCUGCUAUAAAUACAAGAGAUUUCCUCAUAGAGUCAAUACACAUCAU